UAAAGAGAAUAAAUUAAGCUAAUGGCUUCAUACCUAGCUUCGAUACAAGGUAUCUGCCAUAGGCAAUGAAAGUUGGGUUGGGUCGGGAUUGCUAAGCCACAGGCUCUGGUGAGGGGUGGGCUGGUGGCCCACUCGGGAUUUCGACCACAGCGCGCUUAAAGGGAAAGUUUCUGUCAGGACCAAAGUCACACAUCCUCUCCAUCACAAUGUCCAGCAGUUCAGCGAACAAGAAAUUAAGUGAAGCCGAUAUCACGAACCAGUACAAUCAGUUCAAGUCCGAACUUCAAUCUAUAGCAUCCAAGAUUGGAGAAUUGGAAUCUGAAGUCGAAGAACACAAACUUGUCAUUGACAGUAUAUCCCCACUUGAGGCUGACCGCAAGUGCUUCAGAAUGGUUGGUGGUGUUUUGGUCGAACGAACUGUGAAGGACGUAUUGCCAGCUCUCCAAACCAACUUUGAUGGCAUCCAACAAGUUAUUUCAUCCUUGCUGCAAACCUAUAAGCGAAAGGAGGAAGAUUUCAUUGCUUUCCAGAAGAAGCACAACAUUCAAGUCGUUUCAAGACAGUGAGAGAUGGAUAAAAUUUUAAUAUGACAGCAUAGUAAUUGACAGUAGUGGUACUACUGUUGAACAGGUUGUUUCACAGAUACAGUACAUGUUGUGUAUAGGCACGAGUCAAAAGAAAAAGUAAAAGUAAAAAAAGAGAAAAAAAAAAU